AUGGGGGCCCCCCAAGGACGUGUGCUCAGACCCCUGCUCUUCACCCUGCUGACCCACGACUGCACACCCACCUACAGCUCCAACCAUGUCGUCAAGUUUGCGGAUGACACAACCAAUGUGGGUCUCACUAGCAACAACGAAAAGACCCGCCACUGCAGGAAGGAGGUGAACCAGCUGGCCACAUGGUACAAUGAUGACAAUCUCUUCCUUAAUGUGAGCAGAACCACAUUCCUGGGGGUGAACAUCACUGAGCACCUCUCCUGGAGGAACAACACCACGUCAAUCACCAAGAAAGCCCAGCAGCACCUCUACUUCAUCCACAAACUGAGGAGAGCAGUUAGGACCAUAGAGAGAAAACUGUUCGAGGACCGGCGCGGGAGCGUGACUGGAGCCCGCUCGUAUUUCUAUGCAGAUGAGGCCAAAUGUGACAAGCAUAUGGAGACCUUCAUCAAAUAUAUCAAAGCAUCUGGUGGGAGUUCAAUGGACGGUUUUACUGCUAUUAAAAUGACUGCUCUAGGACAACCUCAGUUUCUGCUCCAGUUCUCAGAAGUCCUGGCGAAAUGGCGACAAUUCUUCGCCUUCUUGGCAUCAAAGCAUGGGGGCGAGGGCAUGCAGGCUUUAGAGCAGAGGCUGAAGCUGAAACAACUGCAGCUAGGUGAGCUGGAGCCUCUGCUACAGAAGUUCAACACAGAGGAGGAGAAACAAAUGGACAGGAUGUUGCAGCGCAUGGACAUCUUAGUCAAGAAAACGACGCAGAAUGGGGUUCGCUUGAUGGUGGAUGCAGAGCAGACGUACCUGCAGCCGGCUAUCAGCAGACUGACAUUAGAGAUGCAGAGGAUCUACAACAAAGAGAAGCCUGUCAUCUUCAACACCUACCAAUGUUAUCUGCAGGAGGCCUAUGACAACAUAACCAUGGACGUAGAAUUGUCUCGACGUGAGGUCUGGCAUUUUGCUGCCAAGCUGGUGCGCGGGGCUUAUAUGUAUCAGGAACGAGAGCGGGCUAGAGACCUUGAUUAUGAAGACCCCAAUAACCCUGAUUAUGAGUCUAAUAUAAUGUACCACAGGUGCCUGGACUACGUGCUGGUGGUAAUUGCACUCAACAGAAAUGCCAACGUUAUGGUGGCUUCCCAUAAUGAGGACACGGUAAAACACACCUUGAGGAUACGAAUGAAUGAGCUGGGUCUCUCACCGACAGAGAACAAGGUGUACUUCGGUCAACUCCUGGGCAUGUGCGAUCAGAUCAGCUUCCCACUGGUCGUCCCCUAUGGGCCGGUGAGCGAGGUGAUGCCCUACCUGUCUCGGAGAGCCCAGGAGAACCGGGGCUUCAUGAAGGGAGCCCAGAAGGAGCAGGAUCUGCUGUGGAAGGAGCUGAAACGCAGACUAGCCUCCGGGGAGCUUCUCUGCAGACCGGCAUACAAACACAGAAGAACAGACAAUGAGUGUGUCAAUGUGUCCAGCACUUUUCUUUUCAUCUUCUCUAGUUGA